UUUUGACGUUUCAUAAACAGAAAUGGAAGAGGAGGGCAUAUUAUGCGAGUGUUGAAUUUUUGUACGACGGAUUUCUUCGCUUGUUUUGGAAUCGUCGCCCAGGAGAAGUGUUUUCCCGUGCCGUGGACCCGACCGCGGGUCAGCUAUGUAAAGACAUUUUGAACCGUGUGGUGUGAGCAGCAGUGCCAUUUGUCCCAGGGUGCCCCCGCGGAACAAGCCCCCUAGGAAAAUCGCGCCGCGCACACACGCCAAAAAGUGGUGCCCGAACGAAACGAAACGAAAGUGGCGUUUGCGAGGCAAAACUGAAAAACGCCAACAGAAGGACAAUUUUUGUGACCCCUAGAGUGUGUGAGAGCGCGGAGUUGGGCAGGAUGUGGCCCCUCAAGCUGGACAUGACCCGGGACGAGAGCCGCGGGAUGUUGCGUCGGUUGGAACUGGACACGUACUCCAGCGUGAUGAGUACGUUCCGGGCGCAGGGUGCGCUUUGCAAGGAGAAGGCACGCAUCCUCGAGGAACUGCGGAAGCUGCUGCAUAUUUCGCAGGACCGCCACAAGGCCGAAGCGCGGCGGGUGGCCAACGACGAGCGGCUCACGACGGUGGCCGAAAUCAUUUCCGGCCCAAACAGCACCCAAGAUUGGAGCCGCGAGGGUCGCCGCACGUUCCCCAUCCUCCCGCGGACGGCCCCGUACACGGCCCUGUCCUACAUCGCCAACACGGUCUGCGAGCAGAUAACGCGCGAAAACAGCAAACUUCCGCACCCGUUCGAGACUUCGCAGAACCGCCUCCAGAAGGAGCAACAACAGGAAGAGGAACGCAAGCAGAAGCUGCUGCUGGAACAGGCAAAGCUGGCCCAAGCAGCGGUUCCGAUUGAAAUUAAAGAGGAAGCGGACGAACCGAUGGUCGCGGCAUUGCCAGCUGCUGCGCCGGAACCUACUCUGAACGUGGUGCAUCCUCCCGUCGUAACGGCUGAUCCGUUUGUCGAGGCCGCCAACAAGAGUUACAUCAACAAUGAUCUGAAGCGAUCGUACCCGAUCGAGCCAUUGCCGGCGCUCAGCUCGCCGGUUCCGAUCGACGACGAUUCGCCGCUGAGGAAGAAGCCACAGCUGUACCAGGAGCUGCAAAAGCAGGAACCGCUGAUGCCGCCGCAGUCACCGAUUGUGACCUUCCAUCAGCAGUUCCCAACGCAGCAGCAGCAGCAGCAGAUCCCAGCGGUAGCAACAGGUCCAAUGUCACCCCACAAUAACCUCACGUCGCCCAACAACUUUGGAAUGGCUCCGAUGGUGCCGAUGCCUCAGAAUAUGAGCAACAACAACUUCAACAAUCCGAAACCGGCGCAGGGCAGAAACAGCAAUAAAAACACGGAACGACCCCGGAAGUCUUCCGUUUCGAAAAAGAACCAGAACAAGACGAAGACACCAUAUCAAACCAACAAACAGGCCGGCGGAAAGGCGAACAAGAAUUCGAUAGCACAAGCACAAAUGCAGCAGCAGCAGCAGAUGAUGCCGGGAGGACCGAUCGUGGCCCCGGGAAAGAGCCAGAAGGGCAACAACAACAACAGUGCCAACAGUCCCCAUCUGAUCCACUCGUACGCGAGUCCACUGAUUCCGUACGAAAUCCCGCAACAGCACCAGCCACAACUCGUGGGCGCCACCGCCGAAGUUCCCCACGAACCGCUGCAGCUGCAGAAGCAUCUGACCUCGAACGCCGUCUACCAGCCGAACCAGCAGUACGGAAUGACCCCGAUCAAGUCGGCGCCGUACACGGGACCGUACCAGCAACCGAUGGCCAGCAUGCCGGCCCCGAAUCCGGUCUACGGACAGCAGCACCAGAUUCUGCCCUCGUCCAAGAAGGACAUCCAGUAUAAUCUCACCAAGCUGAACCCGACCAACAGCUCCAAGAACAACGUCAACAUCCCGCUGAAGCAGUCCGGCGGAUCGUCGUCGUCGUCGCUCAUGCAGGGCAAGGGUCAUCCGUUGUUCAACUAUCAGAAGAAAUCUCCCUCGAAGAAUGUGCUGAUUCCGACCUCGUCGGCGGCCGCGGCUCUGGCCAGUUUCGGCAUCCCCAAGAACAUUCAACCCCGGAAGGAUGUCCCGAAGUUCCGCGAGCCGGACCCGUCCGUCAACCCGGCGGACAUU